AUGUGGUCACCGUCGAGUGCAGCCGAGCGCGCGGCCAAGGAGGCCGAACAACAACGUCAAAACACCACGUCGGCCACCGCGCCUUGGAGGCAGAAGAACUCCGGCCGUCGCAUCGCGCAGAUCAUCAGGCUCAAGCCCGAAUUCGUGGACAAGUACAAGGAGGUGCACGCCCAAGUCUGGCCCGAGGUGUUGAAGCAGACCAAGGAGUGUAAUAUCGAGGACUACAGCAUCUUUCAUGAUUCCGAGACGGGAAUUCUCUUCGCGACCAUGAAGUACGUUGGCUACGACUACGCGGGCGAUAUGGAGCGCAUGAGGGAGAAUCCGAAGGUUCGCGAGUGGUGGGCCAUGACGGACAGUUUUCAGGAGUCCCUGGUCCCGGGCGCCACGAGCAGCGAGGCUGGCGAGCCCUCGUGGUGGAAGCCGCUAGAAGAGGUCUUUUAUCAGGCGUAA